AUGUUGUAUGUUUAUUUUUGUUUUCAGUUCUUUCUUUCUUCCGCUAUUUCUUUUCUUUCUUUCUUUCUUUCUUUCUUUCUUUCUUUUCUUUCGCUAUUUCUUUUCUUUCGCUAUUUCUUUCUUCCGCUAUUUCUUUUCUUUCUUUCUUUCGCUAUUUCUUUUCUUUCGCUAUUUCUUUCUUCCGCUAUUUCUUUUCUUUCGCUAUUUCUUUCUUUCUUUCUUGAGCUAUUUCUUUUCUUCUUUCUUUCGCUAUUUCUUUUUUUCGCUAUUUCUUUCUUCCGCUAUUUCUUUCUUUCUUUCUUUCUUUCUUUCUUUCUUUCUUUCUUUCGCUAUUUCUUUCUUCCGCUAUUUCCUUCCUUUCUUUCUUUCUUUCUUUCUUUCGCUAUUUCUUUCUUUCUCCAAAUUAAGGGAAGACUUGGACUGACAAGUGUUGAGGAUACCAUCGCUUUCUUCCGCUAUUUCUUUUCUUCUUUCUUUCUUUCUUUCUUUCUUUCUUUCUUUCUUUCUUUCUUUCUUUCUUUCGCUAUUUCUUUUCUUUCUUUCGCUAUUUCUUUCUUUCAGUAA